CCGGGGAGCCGGGGGACAUGGGCGCGAGGGCCGCCCUGUGGGGCGUCGCGCUGCUCUGCGCGCUGGGCCUGGGCCGGGGCUCCCCCGCCGCCGCCCAGGGCUCCGCCGGGGACCCGAGCUGCGCGCCCGGCCGCCUCCUGCGCGGCGCCGGGCCGGACGCGCGCUGCUGCGGCCCCUGCGCCUCCGCUGAGGCCUGUCCCGGGGGGCGCUGCACCUGCCUCCAGCCCGAGUUCCACUGUGCGGACCCCGAGUGCCAGACCUGCAAGCACCACCCCUGCCCGCCGGGCCAGGGGGCGAAGGCCUUCGGGAACUUCACGUUCGGCUUCAAGUGUGUGGACUGCGCCGUGGGGACCUUCUCCGGGGGCCGUGAGGGCCGCUGCACACCAUGGGCCGACUGCUCCCGGCUCGGGCUUCCCACCAUGUCCCCUGGAAACAAGACGCACAACGCAGUGUGCAGCCCGGUGCCGCCGCCCGCUGAGCCGCGCUGCCCGCUGACCGCCGUCCUGGCCGUGGCCGCCUGCGUCCUGGUGCUGGUGGCGGCCCAGCUCGGCCUGCACCUCUGGCAGCUGCGGAGGCAGCGCGUGUGGUCCCCAGAGGCCCGGCUGCUCCCGGAGGCGCCGCCCCCGCCCGAGGACGCCUGCAGCUGCCAGUUCCCCGAGGAGGAGAGGGGGGAGCAGCUGUCGGAGGACAAGGACCCGCUGGGCACCUGUGAGUGAGCUGGCCGCCUCCGGUGGACCGCGAGCCAGGCCCCCAGGAGCGCCGGCUGGCCCUGCGAGCUCGGGCUCCGGGCGCUGAGGGGCCCUCUCUGGCCCGGCCCUGCUCCCCUCGGCGGCGGAAGUGGGCGGGCACGGCGACGGCGAGUCCACAGGCUGGCAGAGGAGGCAGCAGCCGUGCGUGGACUGUGGGGGCACAGACAGGGCUGUGGCUGCCUCCCUCCCCCCGGCCCUGCUGUGGUGGGGGCUGUGACCCCUGUUCCCGGACGGGAGGCUGCAGGUGGCGCUCAAUAAACACCUGUC